ACGCGACCCAGGCACCAACGAGAGCACCACCGGCGGCACCCACGCUCGGGCACGGGGGCGCACGACACGACGAGAAAAGGACGCCACCUCCUCCCCUCCCCCUCCCCUCGUGGUCUCCUCCUCCGCCCUCCCACACCCAAAAAGCUCUAGGGAAACCCCCACGCGCGCGCCUGGUGCCGGAUCGGAUCGGGGAUGUGGGAGUCGGUGGCGCUCACGCUGGCCGGCGCCGCUGGCAACAGCAUCGGCAAGGUCCUCCAGAAGAAGGGCACCCACAUCCUCCCGCCCCUCUCCUUCAAGCUCAAGGUCAUACGGGGCUACGCGCUCAACAGGCUCUGGAUCAGCGGCUUCCUCCUGGACAUGUGCGGCGCCGCCCUCAUGCUCACUGCGCUCUCGCAGGCGCCGGUCUCUGUCGUGCAGCCGAUUGCCGGCUGCGGCCUCGCCAUACUCUGCGUCUUCUCCCAUUUUUACCUCAAGGAGGUCAUGAAUGGCCUUGAUUGGAUUGCCAUCACAAUGGCCGGUCUCGGCACCAUAGGAGUCGGUGUAGGAGGGGAGGAGCAGAAAGUGGAAGAGAUUCCCCUUUUCAGUAUACCUUGGCUGGUGCUCACCGUUCUCAUCUUGUUUGUUCUGCUCAACACUUGGCUUCAUAUCUACAAAAAGCAAAGGCGCGAACAAGAGUUGACUGGACCUGAAGUGAUCGAGGAGGUCAUAUACGGCUUAGAAUCAGGCAUUUUGUUUGGGAUUUCAUCAGUGAUCUCUAAGAUGGGAUUUGUGAUGUCUGAAAUGGGCUUUCCGAAGAUUGUUGUGCCAGCUGCCAUUUCUUGUAGUGUGGCCUGCAGUGCUGUGGGAUUUGUUUACCAGACUCGAGGUCUCAAGCAUGGGAGGGCAAUUGUUGUGUCCACGUGUACAUCGGUGGCAUCUAUUGUGUCUGGUGUUGUGGCUGGUAUGGUUGCACUUGACGAACAUCUGCCGACAGCUCCUGCAGGACGUUUUUUUCUCCUGCUUGGAUGGUUCUUCAUUAUUACGGGGGUGAUACUUCUUGUUACUUCAACCCGAUUGAUUGCGCGCCUACCUAAGCCUGUGCAGAAGUUUUUGAAGAGUAAUAUGGAGCGUUCACACAGCAUCAGGAGGCCUGGACCAGCCCGAGGGAAGGAUCCCAACCAAAGCACAACAAUCCAUGCAUCGACAUUACAUAUACUAACCUCUACAGGAAAAGAGAAGGCCUAGAACAGCUGCUGGUAGAGCAAGAUUGUCUUAACACCUUUGAUGGGUCAUGUUGUCGUUUAAAUCAUUAUGUGGAUGUACAAGUCUAGAGUAGCAUCUUAAAAGUUUGGGCCGGUUGCUCAUAUACUGACUGCCCUUGUUAUAGGUCUAACAGAAGUUUGGAAAAUCUCCUGUGAAUUUUGGUCAAGUUACAUAUCAUCCUGUGGUGAGUUGUAAGUGGUAUAUUCAUUUGUUCUCUUCCCUUUCGAAUCUUGUGUUGUUUGUGCUUCGCUUGCAGCACUAUUAUCUUUUGCUUUGA